GCCGCUCAAGUCUCCGGAUCAGGCAACUCAGGCCAGGGUCUCCGGCGUCAAUACACGGAGAUCGGUAGUCGGCUCGCACCACUCACACCCUACCCGGGCCGGCCCCUCCUCGACGUUGCUUCGCUGGCGGCCAAGGUUCCAUUUUGGAGCUUUACGACAUGUCAUUUUUGUAUUUCCUUUGCAAUAGAGGGACAUUCGCGGACGAGAAGGGGAGGGGUUGGUGCCGUGGUCAGCCUGAGGGGCUUCAGAGACACGUUGUUACGCCGGUUAGUCUUGGAAUGA